AUGGUCUGGAUGUGGCUGCUCGUCUUCGCUCCGGUCCGUGUCUUGUCGCUCUCCGUUCCUCCGACCCGUCCAAAGCAGGCUGAACUUCGCACUACGUGGUCAACAGCUCCCGAGAUCACGAGGCGCCUGUGGAGCUCAUUCGCCACAUUGGGCUUGGGCUUGGGCACCGUCACUUCGAAGACGGAAGCUGCCGAAUCCGCCCUGCGCUUCAGGUCGGAGACGGUCGAGGUGCCGGGUGCAAACGAGUUCUCUCCAUGGAACAAGCCGCGCGACUACAGAGCAUGCACACUUGCGAACGGGCUGCGAGUCCUUCUGGUGUCUGACAUGGAGACGAGCAAGAUCGAUGCCGCCUUCACUGCAGGUUUCGGGCAGUUCGAUGAUCCGCUUGAAACCUCUGGGGUGGCUCAUCUCACGGAACAUCUGCUGCUCUCGAGCCCAGGUCCAAACGGAGCCGAGCCGCUGGAGACGUGGCUGGAAGAGCCGGCACGCGACGGAGAUUCCAACGGCUUCACUGCCUUUGACAAUGCUCUGUUCACAGUCUCCUCUAACAUGAACGAGUGGCGGUCUGCGCUUGCCCGCUUCGCCUAUUGCUUCAGGCGGGCAACGCCCCAUGAUCCUCGCUUCCAGGCUAGUGCGGUGCAGCGUGAAGUGCUCAGAGUUGAUGAUGAAUUGAGCGGCCGGCCAUCGGCAGCAGUGCGGAACUUGCAACUCCUUCGCCGCCGAGCAGUCUCUGGGCAUCCUCUGCGACGUUUUGGGCCAGGCAGCCUGAAAACCUUGCUCCCGAGAGGUCAAGUACGGCAGGACUUGGCCGAGCUGGGCACAGUUUGCCAAGCAUUCUUUGAAAGACAUGUCUGUGCCGAAACAUCAACCCUUGCGGUCGUUGCAGCUGUACCUUUGGAUGAGCUGGAAGAGGCCGUGGCCUUUGCCUUUCAAGACGUACAGACCGGGGUCAAGAGCUUCGAUCGCAUUGCGGUGCCCGACCCGCUGCCAGAAACUUCCGGCGAAGCCCUCAUUCCCCCCUGCUUCGUCGUGGACGUGAGUGCAAACCCCGCAGUCAGCAUCACCUGGAGUUUACCUUUCACGGAUGCCUCGGCCGCGUCUUUCCGUGCCUCGAAGCCCCAGGUGGUCUUGUCUCACCUCGUUGCUCACCAGGGGCCUGGAUCUCUCUCAGCUUGGUUGCGAGAGAAGGGCUGGGUCCCAGCGAAUUUGGGCCCAAAAGUUUCCGCCCAAACGGUCUUCAUCACUGAAUCCGGAUUUGCGCUGUGGGAGAUCAAGGUCCGACUCUCCCCCAGAGGCCUUGCUCAGUGGCGCCAGGUGGUCGCCGCAGUGUUCGGCCUUUUGGCAGCAUUACGCCAGAGCCAGAGCCGCAAGAAGAGAGGCGGAGGCGGACGCGAUGUCUUGCGCGAGGCGGCAGACGAGGUGUCGGCCCUGGCCGACGUUGCCUGGCGCUUUCCUCCGCGUCCCCCGCUCGCCCGGGAACUCGCCUUGGACAUGAGGUCGGCGCCACGCCCUGCGGCGUACGUUUGUGCAUCUCGACGGAUCUUCUCCGCCACAGAGUGGGGUCCCAGUGCAGGUGCUUGGAAAAACUUGGACCAGACAGAGAAGGCUGCUCGCUUCACCACUCCACUUGCUCGAGAGGCUUCGUCAGAAGAGGCGGGGAGGAUGCUCGAUCGUCUUCUCCCUCAGCUCGGGCGAAUCACCGUUUUCAGCACGACUCCGCAAGCGAUCACACCCAUGCAAGAUCCAGACCUGGGGCUGGACUACGGCGAGCUUCGUGUAUCCAACGCAGACCAGAAGCAGUGGAUUCUGGCCUCCAGUACUCCGUCUGGCUGGUGGCAAAUGCCAGCCACAAAUUUGUACUUGUCCAAAGCCGAGAAGAUUGAAAGGUCCUCGUUGCUGGCACCUGGAAAGGCCGCAAUGGGAAAGCCAAACAAGAAGGUAAAUGGGGUUUACUGGUCUGACAGUUGUCGUCCAACUCAAAUUCGGAUGCCGGUCUCCCAAGUGACCCAAGCGACUCCCAAAUUUGUGUGGGACGUUCCCGGCUGCAUCUACGUGUCUGGCCAGUUCAACGAGCUGGUGGUUCCUCUGGGCGAAGAGCCCCUGGUGACUCUGACUCUCUGGUUGCCUGCAGCUCGUAUCGCAGAAGCAUCACUGCAGCAGCGUGCUGCAGGGCGCGUCUGGCUCAAGUCUUUGCAGUGCGAAUUGGAAAGUCCCUUUUACGGCGCUGCACUGGCAGGCUGCCGCUGGGAGGUUGCAUUCUUCACGACAGGUUCCGAGCCAUCAGAAGCAGGCAUGCGACUUUGCUUCCAAGGAUAUUGUGACAACAUCGUGACAUUCGUGCCUGAUGCCGUUCGUGCGAUUGUGGGACACGUGGGCCCUUCGUCUGAAAACUUGGAGUCGUUGCGAAGUCUUGCCAUCGCAGAAGUGCCCACGCGUGGUGCAGAGAUGAGCAAGCUGGUUGCCUGCCUUAAGAGUUUGCAGAUCUCGGACAUUCGGGACGAGGUAGAGGCCUUGUGGACGAGUGUUUCGGAUUCAUUCGGAUCCUCACAGGCGCUCGUUGCUGGUGCCUUGGAGAAAGAACAAGCCAGCGAGCUGGUUAGGGAUGCGAUCGAGCUUCUUCCACUCCACUUCGCUGGGCCCAGCAACUCUCCGUUGAGCAGUUCAGAGCCGUUACCGCCAGCUGUACUGACGCGUCGGCCCUCCUGGCAAGGCUUCAUCUGCUUGACAGGUGCAUCCAGCAAAACAGUCCGUGCCAGAUAUGGUCGUGGUCAGCCUGCUGCCAUCAUCAAAGCCAGGCGAGAGGCUGCAACAAGAACUCAAGGGCAGAGCCCUUUGAAGAAAUCUCCGGCACCCCUGAAUCUCGUGUGA